AUGGCAGCCCUUCUCGUUCUUCAUUUUUUCCCCCAGCCCAACCAACACAAGUCUUCGGGUCAAAUCCAAACAAGAGCAUCAACAAUGUCACCUAUUCAUCGAGACCCACCGGGCUUGACCAGCUGUCCGAGAGACAUCUUAUACUCGAUAUUCGAGUUAUUGUCACCGACUGAAUUUUAUGCACUAUGUCUCGUUCAUACCAACGUUCGCGUGGUAGCCGCAAAAUUUCUCUACGAGAAUAUUCAAAUGAUCUGGGAGCAAGAGAAUCAUUAUGAUCCUCCCCUAGUCACUAAACUUUUGCGAACUCUGGUGGCCAGGCCUCAUUUGGCUACUCACAUCAGAAACCUUCAGCUCACCGGCCUACCAACCAAACACCCCGCACUCGUGAGAACCAUCCGUCUCGUGCCCAUCUCUCCUACUGAGCUGAGCGAGUCUAUAUCCUUUAUUCAAAAAACUGGGGUCCCGUAUAGCGACCUUUGGAUACAAGAAUUACAGCGAGGCAGACUCGAUGCGGUUGUCGCACUCCUCCUAGCACAAAUGCCGAAUCUCCAGUGUCUGCGCCUGGGGCCUGCUUUCACACAGCGAAGUGAAAUUAUCGGGAUGGUUCUUCGUUCCGCCAUCUUCAAGCCCGUAGACUACGGGCUACCGGACUUUCGGCAUCUCCAACAUGUGACAUACCUCCUCAAAGUAGGACGUGACUACGCGCGCGACCACGAGGUCAAAAACACCGCUGACCUUCUGCCCUUCUUCUAUCUAUCAAAUGUCAAAAGUCUCUCGCUCGCCGUCGACAGUCCUCUCGCGAUAACGUGGCCAAAGCCAAAAUUGCCUAUCCCAUCAAGCCUCACAUCGCUCGUUUUGAACACCGUUCGGGAGAACUAUCUCAGGGAUCUACUUUCAAUCACGCCGCAUUUGAAAUCAUUGCAGUGGAAGUUCUGGUACGACAGCGGUCUUCUCGAUGCAGUCAAUUCACCAAUCGUUGACCUUGAUCGGAUUGGUGAUGCGGUAUCUUGUCUUAAGGACACUUUGAGUGACCUGAAGAUACUAGGCGAAGUUUAUUUGGGAGGAGACGGCGAUAUUAAUCUCCCUGCUAUCAAGACAGAGGGCUCAUUGAGUGCAAUGGUCGUGAUGGACAAUCUGAAGACACUUCAAGUCCCAUGGGCAUUCCUGGUGGGAUUUGCACUAGACACGACGAAACGCCUGCAGGAUGUACUCCCAAAAUAUCUUGAGCAUCUCACCAUCACCUGGGAUUUGUGUCUACAAAAUGAUGAGGACGUGGUACCAGAUUGGCCUCAGUUCGAGUGGGCGGAUCACCACAUUCUAGAGGUGCUAAAAUCAUGGCUCGAGGACCGAGAAACGUUCACGCUGAAUCUUCGCAGGAUUACUUUGGGACUAGUUAGAUACGAGACUGACGAGUAUGACUGGGAACCUUCAAUGAGGCAACGGCUCGCAGAGCUAGGUGCUCAUGCUGGAAUUGUGUUUGACAUAAUAUUCACAGACGAAAUGAUUCUCCCAGAUGAAAUGUGA